UUCAAUGGCUGCGAUUAGUUGAAUCCGAAGCGCGGGCGAGUCCGCUAGUGAUGCACAUUAAUACAAUACAAUAAGUGAAUCUCCAAUAAAAUAGUGAUAAAUAAAAUAAAUAAAAAUGAACAUUCUAAUUACGAAACUUAUGUGGCAGAAUGGCUCGCGGAUCAACCAAUAUUUAUUUGCUAUUAUUAUUACAAUCCCGUUGCUCAGCUUCGGCAUGGUGCAGGGCUGGUUGUCGCCCAUGAUCUCGGUGCUGCAGUCCCCAGAUGGGCCGACGCCCACGUUCACAUCCAGUGACAUCUCCUGGGUGACGUCUGUCACGUACAUCACGGCCAUCGUCCUGGGCGCCCCGAUGGGCCAUCUGACAGAUCGGUACGGCAGGAAAGUCAUGACGCUGCUGACUACUUUGUCUUUGAUUGUGUACUGGCAGAUCAAGCUAUGCAGCCUGCAGCCCUGGGCGCUGAUCCUAGCGCGUGCCAUCGCUGGCAUACCUUGCUCAGCGUGCUACAUCGUGCUGCCCAUCUACUUGAAGGAGAUCAGCGACAUCGACCUACGAGGCGCUUUGGGCUCCUUGCUUAUACUGAACAGGAAUAUAGGCUACUUGGCGAGCUACGUCGGCGCCGACCUGCUGUCGGUGACGCCGAUGCUGUGGCUGGGGCUGCUGGUGCCGCUGGUCGUCUUCUUCAUCUUCCUUAUCAUGCCGGAGACACCCGAGUUCCUGGUGAAGCAGGGGAAAGUUGAUGAAGCUAAAGCAGUCCUGGCAUGGCUCCGAGGGGUGUCGGUGGUAGACCGGUCUCUGGAACCAGAGAUGGACAGGAUCCUGAAAGCUGAUAAGCAGACACAAGCUGAACCCAAAUCAGCCUGGGGAAUCAUCUUACACGACAAGCCAACAUUCCGGGCGUUCAUCAUCACUCUAGUCAUCAAGAUAACUCAGCAGUUCGACGGGUACCUCAUCGUGCUGAUCUACGCCGGAUUCGUGUUCAAGCAGGCCGAAUCCUCCAUCGGACUGGAUCUCAGCCCCAACAAGCAGGUCAUGUUGAUUGGCAUCGUUCAGCUACUGGGUUCCACUCUAGCUACUUGCAUCGUUGAGAAGACCGGAAGGAAGCUGCUGCUGAUUUCCACAUCGUUCGCAGUGGGCGUGGGCAUGAUGAUCCUGGCGGUGUGGUUCUACCUGACAGCUGCUGGUGUCUGGCUGCCGGGCUGGUUGCCGGUCCUUGCCAUGGCGCUCGCUAUCUUCGCUGAUGCAGCAGGGUUCCAGCCCAUAUCUUACAUAAUUAUCACUGACUUGUUUACUUUCCAGCUUCGCGGCACAGUAUCAGCGUUCGCGAACAUCUGCGCGAAACUCUCCAAUUUCGUCCAAAUGAAGUGGUUCACCAACCUGUGCGCACUUAUAGGCAUCCACUGGACGUUCCUGUUCUUCUCAAUAGUGUGCUUCUGCGCAUGCUUCUACACCGUUGUCGCCUUCCCCGAGACGAGACACAAGGCAGUGGAAGAGAUCUACGCUAAACUAGACAGUCGGAAAAAUAAGGAAGUAACAGAAACUGUGCCUUAGAAUAAGGGUUAGGUAGUGUAGCAGCGUUGCUAGAUGAAAAAAGCAACCAGAUGAAAAUGAAAGUAGCUGUGACUCCUCCUGUGGAACCUCAGUUCACCGGCUUGCUUCUCAGACGGUAAGCACCAGUUCGAACUCCGGCACUGGACUUGCACCACUGACUUAUUUAUUUAUAUUAAGUGCAUAUUUCACUAACACAGUUGGCUUGACCAUUAUACAGGGUGUUAGUGGCAUCGUAACGAAAACUUUGAUGGAUGAUUGAGACCAUGAAUCUGAGUUGAUAUCAAGUGGAAUCUUCCGAAGUAUGGAACUGAAAAUAAUUUAAAUAAACACAAACAUUUUUAAAAAUGUAUUUUUUUGUGGAAUUUUCUAUCGCAAAAGUAUGGAAUUGAAAAUAAUAAAAAAAAAAUAAGAAUUUUGCGACGUAAAAUUCCACUUGAUAUUAACUCAGACUCAGUGUCUGAAUCAUCCCUCUCAGUAUUCGUUACGAUGUCACUAACACCCUGUAUACGAUAUGGCUCACCAUCUAUCACGUUGGUCUAACAGAAAACUCUGAGGUGUGAGUACUUAUCCCAAUUAAGGUAGUUACAGGUACAUCCAUCGGAAGAUGAACUUAAGCACCCACACCUCACCGAUCUGGUAUUGCUGUCUCUUAUGAGCCAACUGUUAAUGAAAUCUGCAGUUAAGAUAAAUUAAUAACUCAUUGGUGCAGAGCAGGGUACUCUUGAAAGGAACGUGUGAAAUCGAUUUUUGGAUAUUCGUUCGAUAUCUAGCAAUGCUGGGUGUACAUAUAUGCCAUGCGAGACAAUGUGGAGUGUGUUUCUAGUUCAUAAUAGGUAGAUAUUGUGACAGUUUGAAUGUUUACGAAAUAUUCUUCUGCAACAUAGGUACGUGGAACUUCAAUCAAAUGCCUAUUGUAAAUAUCGAAUGUAUCAAAAUAAUACUUUAUACGAUAAUAUUUUAGUAUUUUCGUGGCUUUACUAUGUAUGUCUGUUGUAAGUUGAUGUGUGUGAAAUCGAAAACUUCAAUUGAAAUCUUGAAAAAAAAUCAAAGAGGGGAUUAAAAACGCUACAGUGAAGCAAAUCAUCUAAAAAGCUAUUUUGCUAUUAGACACUUGCGCAUAGAAAAGAAAGUGCACAUUGUCAAGAAAAGCCAAAUAGCAAUAUUGCUUUUUAGACGAAUUGCUUCAAUGUGGCCUUUUAAUGAGGCGCAACGCGUUGUGGGGCAUUGAACGAUGCUUAGCGCAUGCGUUGUACAAGGCCUAUGUGUAAAGCAGUUACUCAGUACUUAUUUAGGAUUUCGGCGUUUUCGAUUUCAUUACAAUUCUUACCAAAAACGUAAUGCAUUUUCUAAUAGUAAUAAUGUAUUAAAUAUAUUAGGAAUAUAUAAAAAAUGCCUUAACAAAACGUUAAAUAACGUUAUGGAGUCGUAAGUAAUUAGUACACUUUAUAAUUACUUAUAAAUAAUAUAAAUGGCUCAAGUCCAACCUGGUGACUUAAUUUUAUCGAAUUUAAUAUGAAAAUACGAAUUUAUUUUAUUUUGUGACUCUCAUUUUGUCCAUGUUCUUAUUGUAAAAAAAUAUAAUUUUAUUAUACUUACUGUUUAAGUUAUAAAUGCAAUAUAAGUAACCUUAAUAAGAGUCCAAGGAUGUAAUCCAACAGGUGUAGGUAAGUGAUCGGACCUAAGUCAAGAUAGACUUAAAAAUGGUACAACAAUUGAAAGUACUGAGAGAGAUCUUAUUACCUACUUAUGUAAGAGUCAAGACGAACUACACUGCAGUAACUCAAAAUCAGUUUAUUUAUUACUUUUUCCAGAUUUUAUAUUCGACGAACAACACAAGUUCCUAAUUUAAGACA